AUGGACCCCAUCAAGUACAUAUUCGAAAAACCAGCUCUCACUAGCCGAAUUGCCCGAUGGCAGAUGUUAUUAUCGGAGUACGAUAUCCAAUAUGUUGCACAAAAGGCCAUCAAGGGUAGCAUAUUAGCAUAUCAUCUUGCUCGCCAACCGAUGGAGGAUUACCAACCUUUGAAGUUAGAUUUCCCAAACGAAGAUACUAUGGUUGUCAAAGACUAUGAGAUUCCUGGACCAGACGAAGGACCCGAACCAAUGGAGCGAUGGACUCUCAUGUUCGAUGAUGCUUCAAAUGCCAUAAGUCAUGGAGUCGGGGCAGUAUUGAUGUCUCCCAAGAAUUUGCAUCUACCAUUCAUAGUAAAGCUUUGCUUUACUUGUACGAACAACAUGGCUAAGUAUGAAGCUUGCAUAUUAGGACUAGAGGAGGCCAUUGAGUUAAGAAUCAAAGUCCUUGAAGUAUAUGGAGACUAUACUCUAGUGAUACAUCAGAUCAGAGGUGAUUGGGAAAUGAGACAUGCUAAUCUAAUUCCUUAUCGGGAUUAUAUGCUGAAGUUACUCCUGAUGUUCGACAAAAUCACCUUUUCCCAUAUUCCUCGAGAAGAGAAUCAGAUGGAAGAUGCCCUGGCAACUCUGGCAUCCAUGUAUAAGUUAAUAUGGCCUAAUCAUCAGCCUGAUAUUAAAAUCAGGAAUUUUGAUAAACUUGUUCAUUGUUUGACAACAACAGAAGAGUCAGACGACAAACCCUGGUUCUUCGAUAUCAAACCCUAUCUUGAGAAACAAGAAUAUCUGGCAGAGGCUUCUAGCAUUGACAAGAGGACUAUGCGUAGGUUUGCAUCCAAGUUCUUCCUAAAUGGGGAUGUGUUGUAUAAGUGA